GCACCUUCUUUCGCGUGCAUCCACCGUUGGAUCGGAUACCAGCGAAUUUCUGAUGCUUUGAGAGGUUGGGGAAGCUACGAUCCAACGGUUCAUGUUGCCAGAAAAGAUCAAUCAUUCGUUCGUGCGAAAGAUACAACCCGAGCCCUUCCCGGAGAACUCAACGAUAAGCCCUUCCCAAAGACCAUAUAUUAUAAUAAAAGCAACAAUUAUUAAGGUCGAUUCAAGAUCCGUCCGACAGCAAGGAACAGAACCCAUGUAGCCGGAGAUGAAGAACGGGGCCGGAAUUCCUCCUCAAUCUAGUCAAUCAAAACCUAAUCCUUCUAUAGAAUCCCUACCCCCCUCCAUUUUCUGGUCUUGGGGUUAGGGCUUCAUGGAGGAGGCGGAGGCGGCCACCUUGCACUCCGCCACCGAGGCCCCACGGAGUCCGCCGCGCCUCCACCGGGGCGCGGAGGAGCAGAUACGUGUGCGGCGGAAAACCCUCGAGGCGGUCCUCGAGCAAUGCCAGCGAGCGCUCGAGCUCCUCAAGAACACGGACCUGGACCCGGAUCCUGCCGCCGUCGGCGCGGACGAGGAGGAGCAGAGGAGGGAAGAGGAGGAGUGGGAGGAGGGAUUGCCGUUGCAGUCCUCGGCAGCGAGCGAUUGUGAAACAGAUGAGCUAUGUCAACUUCUUAAGUCCAAAGUUGAAUCGCCGAACUUUCUGGAAAAACUUGGGAGUGUCCACAAGCCAGUUGCUCAAACUAUUCAUGCAGAUGAUAAUUCUUCUUGGGAUAUGGUUAGUGCUGAUGAUUUGUGGGAAGAUAAGCAUGCUGUUGGGGAGAAUGAAUCAGACCAAGAUGAUUAUGUUCUUGUUAGGCAAGAGGACAUUGUGGAUGGCAUAGCAUGCUUCAUGGCUGCAUACCUAUUAUCACUAAAGCAAACUAAAGAAUUAACCCCCAAUCAACUGCAAGAAGCCCUUAGCAAAACAUUCUCUGAAAAAAGGAAGAAGAGUAGGCUUCAAAAGGCAUGGGAUAGAAGCAAAGUUGUUUACAAUGUUGCUUCUUGGAGUGCAACUGCUAUUGGUUUGUUGAUCUAAGGAAUUGUCCUCUUCUGCCUUUCCAGGAUUUACCAAAAUCCAGCAAUUUUAAAGGCAGCCUCUGUGGCGUUUUGGUCAUCUUGCGGGGUUAUUUCAAAGUUAUUCUAAGGUCGUCUAUUUUAUUGGAUGUAAUGCUUGAAAGCUAUAAUUUGCUGGGGAGAACCCAAUGCUUAACAUCAUGGUGAUGCUUUCACUGCAUUGGAGAGCAAAAUCACAUGCUUGGGAGAACUCAAUAGAGCUCGGGAACGUUCAACAUCAUUCAUGAGUAAAUUAGAUUGCUCCCUCCUUUCCGGGAAAACCUUUACAGAACCCCCACACGUGUAUAACAUUGUUUACAGAAUUUCAUUGUAUAAAUGAACAAAGUUGGUUCAUGGUUGCCCCGUCACAUCCUGGUAAACUUCUAGCUGUGUAUAUAUAUUCUCCAAGUCAAGAUGUGAAAUGCAAGUGGUUAAUUGUGGUAUUAUUCUUUGAA